UUGAAAAGACAAUGAACAACAAUGGUAACAAUAAUAACAACACCAAUACUAAUGAUGUUGAUGAGAUUGAAAAGAUCUUACAAAUGGAAAUCAACAGCAGUGAUAAUGAAUAAUAAAAUAACUAAUAAAAUGAUUAAAGCAAAAGAGAACAAGUCGAAAAGUAUUUUGAUAGUAUGACUGCAUAAGACAAAAUGCGUUUGUUGAAGAAGAGAAAGAUCUGUGGCUUGGUGGAAGGCUGUGAUACAAUUGAGGGAUAUCAAAAACUCAAUCGUAUUCACGAGGGCGUGUAAUGAAGUUAUUAUAUUUAGUUAUGGUGAAGUAUUUAGAGCCAGAGAUAUGCUCACAGGAGAAAUCGUAGCCAUCAAAAAGAUCAAAUUUAGUCAACACAUCGAUAAGGAAGGAUUCCCAAUCACAUCCAUUCGAGAAUUCAAUUUGUUGCUCUCACUCAAUCAUCAAAAUAUUGUUAAGGUCAAGCGAAUUGUUAUGGGUUCCGAUAAAGUAUUCAUGGUUAUGGAAUACAUGGAACACGAAUUAAAGGAUCUAAUUGAAAGAUCUAAGUAUCAAUUCUCUACUGCCGAAAUCAAAUGUCUUCUUAGAUAGUUGCUCCUUGGAAUAUAACACUUCCACUAAAAAUCAGUUAUGCACAGAGAUUUAAAAACCUCCAAUUUGCUGUAUAACAAUAAAGGAUAACUAAAAGUAUGUGAUUUCGGAUUAGGUAGACGCUGUCAAAGAAACAAACAAUACACUCUCAAAGUGGUGACAUUAUGGUAUAGAGCACCAGAGUUACUACUCAGCAUCCCAAAAUACAAUCACAAAAUUGACAUUUGGUCUGCUGGUUGUAUCUUUGGAGAACUACUACUCAAAGACUAAUUAUUCAAAGGUCAGAAGGAAAUGGAGCAAUUAGAACACAUAUUCCGAAUCUUAGGUACCCCAACAGAAGAAACCUGGCCUGGAUUAAAAGUACAACUCACAUUUAUAUCAGAAUAUUACAUUAGCCGGUCCUUUGAGAACCAUCCCUAAAUACCCAGGAGUCAAAUUACAAGACAUCAUUUCAAAGGAAUUUUAACUCUCCGAAUGGGGUUACGACUUACUCAAGAAAAUGCUGACAUUAGAUCCUGAAAAAAGAAUUGAAGCCUCAGAUGCCUUAAAACACCCUUGGUUUUCAGAAUAACCAUUGCCCUUGAGUGAAGAUCUUAUGCCAACCUUCCCUCCCUUGAAUGAAGUCAACAGAGACGACGUUAGAAAGAAGGUCAAAAAGUGAUAAUUAAACACAAAAAAUAUUAUGAAAAAUUACAGAACCUGC